UUUUGGAGUCAAAGGAGGCUUAUCAGAUGGCCCAACCGCCCAAGCGCGCGCGCUGAAACUUCCUCCAAACGAAACCCCCUCUCGCUUCUCUUUGCUUUCUUUCCAGAGAUUUCCACAAAGCGAAUUGACCUCGACGAAGUCUUUCCAGAAUCCAGAUCUCCCUGAUUCCGCAAACCCUAAUAACCAAUUGCCCUAUAUUCCCGCAUCGCUUCUUCCCGCCGUUCGUUUCUUGCAAGCGUCUCCUUCGAUUAGGGUUUAACGGCUGCGACUGAUCAGUGAUCGAUGUGAUGGAGGGUGGAUCGAAUUCCCCGCCGCCAUUCCUCACGAAGACGUAUGAGAUGGUGGAUGAUUCCGCUACCGAUUCGGUUGUGUCGUGGAGUAACUCAGGCGAUAGUUUUAUUGUGUGGAACACGACGGUGUUUUCGAGGGAUCUGCUGCCUAAGUACUUCAAGCAUAAUAAUUUCUCUAGUUUUGUCCGGCAGCUCAACACAUAUGGUUUCAGAAAAGCAGAUCCGGAGCAGUGGGAAUUCGCCAAUGAGGAUUUUGCAAGGGGACAGAAGCAUCUACUGAAUAAUAUUCAUCGGCGGAAGCCGGUACACAGCCAUUCACUGCAGGCACAGGGCAGUGCUUCUGUAUCUUUGUCUGAAGCAGAAAGAUAUGAGCUUGAAGGAAAUAUUGAGAGGCUCAAGCGUGACAAAGACAGUCUUCUCCUGGAGUUGAAUGGGCACAUAGAGCAGCAAUAUGGAUUGGAGAGACAAAUGCUUUCUCUGGAGGAGAAAAUGCAGGUUUUAUUGGAUCGACAAAGGGAUAUCAUGGAAUUCUUGUCCAGUGUAGUCCAAGUACCAGGGUUUCUCUCAAAUAUUGUUCAACAACCUGUAUUCCAUUGCAAGAAGAGACGACUACUGGUGCAUGAUUGCAUUCAAGAGGAUGCUGGAAAGAACCAAAUUUUUGAAAUUCAAACCACAAGCACACAGAAGCCUGAAACUGUAUCCAUUCAGGCAUUGGACCUAGUACCAUUUGAGAAGAUGGAAUCCACAUUGAACACCCUGGAGACCUUUUUCCGCAAUGUAAGCCUAGCUUCUUCUGGGGAAAUGUAUUGUGAUUUUGGUAGUGUACAUUCCAUUCCAUAUGCAGUAUUGCCUACUGAUUCACACAUAGCAGUAAGGGAGAAUGUUGUCAAUUCGCCAUCAACUUCACCUAAACUGCAUUCUUCCUCUCCUUGUGUUGGGGAUUUUCAUUCAUCUCCAGAGCUUGCAGACUCAACAAGUUUUGUGGAAAAUAGUGGCGUUUCUUCAUCCGAAGUUCCCAGGACUGUAAGGGCUAAUAUUUCUGAAAUAGAUGUCAAUUCAGCGCCCGCUGCUCCUGAAACACAUAUAUCAAGAGAUUCAACUAAUGGAGCUGGAACUUCGGUUCCUGCUGGAGGAAACGAUGUAUUUUGGCAGCAAUUCUUCACAGAGACUCCAGGGUCUGAUGCGCAGGAAGUUCAAUCUGAGAGGAAGGAAGUAGGUGAAAGAAGAAGUGAAGUGACCAAAGUUGCAUGGGGCAACUUUUGGUGGAAUAGGAAAAGUGUAGAUCACCUUACUGAGAAGAUUGGGCAUCUUACUCCAGCUGAGAGUGCGUAAUGUCUGAAAUCUGAGCCAUCUUUUUAUCUGCCUGAGACCGAAUUGCACUUGCAUUCUAACACGUUAAGGAAUUCCUGGUGUAAAACAAUCAAGGUAAAUGUGCAAUUAUGCUCCAUGUCCAUAAACCUAUCUUGUAUUUGAUGUACAUGUACCUGUUAUUUUGCUAAUAACUCUUCUCUUUCAUUCUGAGUAAUAGUGGCUUAUCUGAUGUAAGGAUAUUUGCAUUUCCUAAGAUCUGUAUGCGGCUAAAGAUGUUUUUGUAUGUUUUUUUUUUAAUCUUUUGUAACAUUGUAUUUCUUACAUUUUUCCUAAUUUCCUUUUCUCUUUCCGAACAAUUUCAAGUUUUGUAAAUAUUUUCUAUAUUUUGGAAUGCAACCAGAUUUAACUUAUAAAUA